CCCAAGAAUUAAGUCUCCUGGAAGAAACCAUUAGAGCUGUGGGUAUAUACAGAGAUCUGUUUCUCUUUACUAAAAAAUCCUCCCUUCAUUCUUGCAUCUUAUCAAACGUUAGUUCAUCCAUGGAUACUCAUUCUACUCAAGGAGAAUCAUCUACACCCUCCAAUACUCGAGGAGAAUCAUAUACAUUCUUCAAAUUCUUUUGUGAUUUAUUACUGUGUUUCAGAGACCAUCACUAUGACAGAUUACGUCAAGAUGGACUAGAGAAAGGAAUUAAAGAGUCUAAUUCAUCCAUGGAUAAUAAUUUUGCUCAAGCAGAAUCGUCUAUAUCCUCCAAUACUCGAAUUACUCAAGGAGAAUCAUCUACGUCCUCCAAGUUCUUUUAUGAAGUAUUCCUGAGUUUUAGUGGUGAAGACACCCGAAAAACAUUCGUAAGCCAUCUCGAUCACAGAUUGCGUCAAUAUGGAUUUCAAAUCUUCAAAGAUGAUAAGAGUUUAAGAAAGGGUGAUGUGAUUUCACCCGCACUAGAGGAAGGAAUUGAAAAGUCAAGGAUUUCCAUUGUUGUUUUGUCAACAAAUUAUGCUUCGUCUCGUUGGUGUCUUGAUGAAUUAGUUAAAAUUCUUGAAUGCAAAGAGAAGUUAAACCAGAGAGUUAUGCCUAUCUUCUAUGAUGUUCUUCCUACUGAAGUGCGAAAGCAAACUGGGAAAUUCGGUACAGAAUUUGCUAAACUCAAGAAAAAAUGUGGGGCUCAAAGAAUGGAAGAGUGGAAAGCUGCACUUACUGAAGUAGCAAAUUUAUCUGGAAGCGAAUUGCGAGAACUUGCUAACAGGGAUGAAUCGGAAUUUAUUGAAAUUAUUAUACAAGAUGUCAAAAAAGAGGUCAACCCUAUACCUCUACAUAUGGCUUCUUGCCCAGUUGGAGUAGAUUCUCGUGCCAAAGAUAUAAUAGAGUCGUUAUUGCAAAAUGGACGUGAACAUGAAGUUAGCAUGGUUGGUAUACAUGGAGUUGGUGGAAUCGGAAAAACAACUCUGGCAAAACAAUUGUACAAUCAAUCACUUCAACAUGGACACUUCGAUGGUAGUUGCUUUCUUUCAGAUGUUAGAUCACAAGAUGAAAACAUUGGUCUACACAGGCUACAACAGAAACUUCUCAAUAUACUGCUAAAAAGCGAGGAUAGUGUUAAUUUUGUUGAUGAAGGCAUCAAUCUUAUGGAAAGAAGACUUAGGUCAAAGAAAGUUCUAAUUGUUCUUGAUGACGUGGACACUGAAAAACAAUUGAAAUCCUUAACAAAAAGAAAUUGGUUUGGUUCGGGUAGUUUAAUAAUCAUUACAACCUGAAACGAGCGAGUGCUACAUGAGCUUGGAGAAAAAGAGAGAUAUAAGGCCAAACUAUUAAAUGAUGAUGAAGCUAGGUUACUUUUUUGUGAGCAUGCUUUUAACAAUCCUUCUCUGCCACAAGAUUAUGUGAAUUUGGCACAAGACAUAAUCAAAUAUGCAGGUGGGCUACCAUUAGCUCUUGUGACAUUGGGGUCACAUUUGCAUGGAAGAUCAAUAGAAGAAUGGAAAUUUGAAUUCAAGAAACUAAGAGCAAUUCCUCAUAGAAAUAUUCAAGAUAUUCUCAAGGUUAGCUUUGAUGGACUUGAUGGUGAUACUCAGCGUGUUUUCCUUGAUAUAUGUGCCUUCCCUUGGGUUGAUGAGGAUGAAGUUACCAAAAUACUAGAUGCGUGUGAUUUUCAUACUCAAAGUGAAAUUGCAACUUUAGUCCAAAAACACUUGCUCCAAAGGGAAGAGAUAGGAUUUUACUUUGGGAAGAACCAGCUUAAUUUGGUGAUGCAUCAUCUAGUGCGAGAUAUGGGAAGAGAAAUCGUUCGCAAAGAAUCACUUCCAGAGCCUGGAAAACGGAGUAGAUUGCUCAACCCUAAAGAAGUUUGUGAUGUUCUACGAGGAAAUAAAGGUACCAAGAAGGUAGAAGUACUGAUGUGUCAUACUUAUCGAGUUAGGGCCUUAGAGGGUGUGCCCUUGAGCACUGAGGCAUUUCAGAAAAUGAAAAAUCUUAGGGUUCUUAGAAUCAAUGGUUUAUGUGUGAGUGGAGAUUUUGGGCUGUUCCCCAAGCAGCUCAAAUGGUUGUCUUGGCAAGAUUGUCCUUUAGAACGUAUACCAUCAAAUUUUCCAGCUGCAAAUCUUGUAUUUCUAGAUAUGCAGCUCAGUGCUAUCAGAGAGUUUGAUCUGAAUUUGCAGUGUUGCCCAAUGUUGAAGGAGCUGAAUCUCUCUUCAUGCCAGCACCUCAGAAAAACUCCAAAGUUCAAUGGUGCACAAAGUCUUGAGACUUUGCUGCUUCAAGCUUGCAUAAGUCUGACGGAGAUCGAUCAAUCAAUAUGCCAGCUGAAAUCCCUUCAAGUCUUGGACAUUAAUUGUUGCUAUGAGAUACAAACACUGCCAGUUGACCUUGGAGAUGUGCAAAGUCUAAGAUCUCUUCGUGCAUAUUAUACGGGUAUAAAACAAUUACCUGAAUCUGUUGAAAAGCUAAAAAAUCUUGAAACUUUGGCAGUGGGAUUUUUGAAUGGCGGAAGGAUUUUUCCUCAAAGAAGAGCCAUAAAUUAUGGUUUGUCCGAGGCUGAUAUUCAUGUGGAUACUGGGAGUUAUCCUCCUUGAUAUCUUUAGAUAUGAGUGGCAACGGUUUUCAUCAUCUACCCUUUGAUUUUUCUAAGUUACGAUUCUUGAAGGACCUGCGUUUGAAUGACUGUCAGAAUCUUCAAUCACUCCCGUCAUUAUCAAAUUUAGAGAAUCUUAAAGGUCUCCAACUUAGGAAUUGCAUGAAGUUGGUCGACAUUAGAGGGUUGGACAACCUCCCUUCUAUAAAGCGGAUUGACAUGAUCGGUUGUAGUUCUCUGCCGAAUCCUGUCAAUGAAGGCUUCUUUAGUGGACCCGCUCUAUCAAUUCCAUCUAGAAAACAUCCACAUAAGCGGAUGUUAGCAAUUUAUCUCCAAUGCAAUGAGAUUCCAGGUUGGUUCAGCAAUCAAGUUACAGCUCCAUCUAUCUGUUUGACUGUCCCCAGACAUGAUAAGGAGUAUAAGUUCUUAGGAAUGGUUCUCUGGUUUGUUUGCGACUUUUGGGAUUCAUACGAAACUGGAAGCUUUGUUGUUUCUAUAUCCCAUAGAGAGAGAGAAUCUAUGCCGUUGUCUUACAAUAUUUUAAUACCCCACGACCAUGGAGAACUAUCAUGUGUACAUUACAUAUCUCACUUAAAUAGACCUUUUGAUGGCCAGAUGAUCAAAGGCGGGGAAAAGAUAGCAGUCCACCAGGGGGGCGACACAGAUAUAAAGAAGAUAGGAAUACAUCUGUUAUACUUAGACCAACAUGGUAAUGUUACAUCUUUGCCGGGAGAGGUGGAUCAUUCUUAUUCUCCGUUUCCAGGAGAAUGUUCAGCAGGGCAUAAAAGAGCAAAGUUGAUUUGAAUUUGUCGGUUUGUUACUCAAUUCUACAAUAUCAUGUGUACUUUUGUUGCAACCAAGUGAAAGAAAAUCUUACUUGAAGUUGUAUUUGGUUUACAUUUACUGUUGCCCAAGGUUGAAGGAGCUGAAUCUCUCUGAUUGCGAGCACCUCAGAAAACUCCAAAGUUCAAUGGUGCACGAACUCUUGAGACUUUGUGGCUUCAAGGUUGCUCAAGUCUGGCAGAGAUCGAUCCAUCAAUAGGAAAUUUGGUCAGACUAAUUGUUCUAUAUUCGUCUGGGUGCAAAAGGCUUACGGAACUUCCGAGCAGCAUAUGCCAACUAAAUUUCCUUAAAACCUUGGAGAGCUUCAGAAUUACAUGAAGAACAUGAAAUUUGAUAAGAAAGAUGAGCAGUUCUUAUCAAUGCUAGAUCCAUUUGUAAGAUUAUUGGGUGAAUGCUUGAACUCAAAAUAUGAGAAUUUCAUGUCUGCCACACUUAGGUGCUUAUAUCCUCUGGUGAGGCUCCCUUUGGCAUCACUUGAAUGUCAGGCUGAGAAGAUAAAGAAUUCAUUACUGAAUAUUGCUCAAGGUUCAGUAACUUCCAGUAAUCCAUUAUUGGAGUCUUCGUUAAGUUGCUAACAGUGCUUUUGCGUAGCACUAAGAUCACACUUUCUACGGAUCAACUGCAUAUAUUAAUCCGGUUUCCUCUUUUUGUUGAUCUUGAAAGAAAUCCCUCUUUUGUGGCUCUCUCACUAGUCAAGUUGAAUCAAUUCGUAAGAAAAGCAGCCAAAUUUUGCUGCAGUUUUUUACUGGACUACCAUAUAUCUGAUAAACGUCUGAAACAGCAUCUUGAUUAUUCUUACUUUCAAACUUAAG